AUGAGCAACGGCGCGCCGAGUGCGGACGCGAAGAGUUGCGAUGGCAGGGCGAGUCGCGACGGCGGUCGCGAUCACACGAUGAGCCGCGGCGUGAUGAGCUGCGACGGUGCGACGAGCAUUGGCAAGGCGAGCAAUGGCCGCACCAUGAUGGGCGGCAUGACGAGCGGCGCGGCUAUAACGACUCUUGGUGCAGUGAUCGCGAGCAGCGAAGACACGCUGAGCCACAAUUGCCCGCUGAGCGAUGGCACGACGAGCCAUUGCGCGGCGAGCAACGGCCGCAUCAUGACGGGCGGCAACACGAUCGGCGCGGUUACAACAGCUCUUGGUGCGGAGGUCGCGAGCAGCGAUGGCACGCUCAGCCACAAUGGCCCAAUGAGCGAUGGCACGAUGAGCCAUGGCGAGGCGAGCAACGGCCGCAUCAUGACGGGCGGCAUGACGAGCGGCGCGGCUACGACGCUCGGGGCAGAGGCGAGCGCGAGCGCGACUGGCACGAUCGGCGCGAUGACCGGCGCGAUGACCGGCGCGGCGAGGGGCAACCUCAGCACAGCGGUCGCCGGGAGCGACCGCCGAUGCACGGGGCGCAAGGACGCGACGCACGAAUGUGCAAUGAUCGCUCCUUCUCUGUCCGCUGCGCCGACAGUGAUCAGUACGAGCUUGAACCACAUCCACGCCGCGAACCUGUGGAACAAACUGGGCAAGCAGCGCGUCGAGCGGCGGCACGAGGAGCGGCUUGAGCAGCUGGCGCUGCUUGCCGACUGCUCGCGCGUGAUCAGCGACUCGCUCGCGCGGGAUCCGUCUAGCUGGAGCGUCGGGAACCGCUCUCAGCUUCACCAGUGGCAGCUCUGGCUUUCUCUGGAACGCGGGGCAGACGGGCAGCAGCAUCUUCUCCCCGCCUCUGAGCGCCAGCUUUGCCGCGACGCUAUGGUGGCGACCAUAGCUCGGCCGUCAGGCUUGCAGCGCUCGGUAGCGGAUGCCCUCGCCGACGUCCAGGUCGGCUUCGAGGAGGAGCAUCUCGAGCCGCGCACUGGCUACUCGCUCGACCUGGCGCUGCCCUCGUCACGCGUCGCGGUCGAGGUGGACGGCCCCUUUCACUUCCUGCUGCCCGACGGCCGGGGCUUGCGCAGACCCAAUGGGCCAACGCUGCUCAAGCGGCGCCUCCUCGCGGCGGCUGGCUGGAGGGUGAUCAGCGUUCCAUUCUACGAGUGGGACGGCUUCGCGACGGCCAAGGAGCGGCAAACCUACCUGCAGGGGGCGGUCGCCCCGCUGUUGGGCUAG